GUAAUUCACUCAUCAUCUCAUCUCCCUCUCGGCCUUUUAGAAUAUUCUGCCAACUAUGUCGAAGAAGAUCAUCCUCGAGAGCUCCGAAGGCAAAUCUUUCGAGGUCGAUGAAGCCGUUGCGCUCGAGUGUCAGACGGUCAAGAACAUGAUCGAGGACGACUGCACCGAUGGCGGAAUCCCUCUUGCAAACGUCAACAGUGCAACCCUCGCCAAGGUUAUCGAGUACUGCAAGAAACACGUCGAAGCAGCCGUCGAAGCCAACGCCGGAGACAAAGACACCUACGGUGCUAACGAAGACAUCGAGCUCAAGACUUGGGACGCCGAUUUCGUCAAAGUCGACCAGCCUCUCCUCGUUGAUCUCAUACUUGCUGCAAACUUUCUGAUCAUCCCUGGACUUCUUGACCUAACGUGCAAGACUGUGGCCGAUAUGAUGAGAGGCAAGACUGUGCUUCAGAUUCGCGAAAUCUUCCACAUCAAGAACGACUACACAGAUGCGGAAGAAGCUGAGGUUCGCAAGGAGAAUGCAUGGGCCUUUGAGUGACUUGAAGUUGUGUUAUGUUGUUUUUGAAGUUGUGUUAUGUUGUUUCUUUUCUCUUUUGAUUUGAAUAAUUGAGUGUGUAACAAACCUUAUUUCUCUUUUAUUAUAUGGUU